AUGUCCAGCACUACCUCCACCUACCCCCGCCCAGGCACACCCUUCCCCUUUUCCCACCCUGCCCCUCCACCACUCUCUCACCGACGCUCAUCGGCUACCCAACCCCCUCUGCACUUCGCCGUACCCACCCUCCCGAGCCGUACACCGCCCAGCCUCCUCAAGCGCUCUGGGUCCACCAGCACCUCCUCCUCCGGCUCUGCACCUAAGUACGCCCGAUACACCCCUUCUUCUCCUCAACUGCCCCAAACCCCUACCCUCUCGGGCCGCCGGAGCUCCGCCUCUUCCUCCUGCUCUAGCAGCUCCAGCUCCUCCCGCUCCCCCGUUCUCUCCACCCCGGUCCUUCACCCACACAACCCGAACCUCGAGGUGGACGUCGAGAUCCUCCUGGACACACCGACAGUCUACGAGUCUCCCUCGGAGUCUCCCUUUGCGCGCAAGUACCCUCUCGCGGGAAGGCCAAAGCUCAGCCGGGGCGCUGCGGUGCCUCUGCCACCAUCUACCGGGGCGGCGUUCGUGAGGCCCAAGUUGACACGGAGGGACACACCAAGGCCCAAGGCGGAGAUGCAGAUGUCGGGAUUGGAGGACCAGAGGGGGCGGACGCAGAGGCAGGGGAGCUAUACGUCGUUGGUGGAUGGGGGGAAGUGGGUGGUCGUUUGA